AUGCUUUGUUGCCCUAGCCGCUAUGUCUCGCAUUCCUGCUGUGCGAUGCAACAAAAGGGCCUCUAAGGCCAUAUUCAGAUCACUCAAAUCACUUGCGGAGCCCAGACGACAACGAUAUGAGCAAAGCUAAGAAUGCAGGGUCGUGAAUCAGAGGAAUGCGUGGUGAGGAUGUUCAAUUGGGGAUCCAAUUUCCGACCAACGUGACUUGCCUCUUGCGCCCUCAAGCAUGUUCUUCACGGAAUUCAAAGAUACCUGAGCGUCUUGCGGAUUUAAGGUUUACCGAGGACUAUUUGGCAGAUUCAAGUGAACUCGAAGCGACAUACGAACGAAGGGCGCAAAUGGGAGGGAGGAAUGCGCUUAAUGCAAAAUUUGCGGUGUUUCACGGUCUAUGUUUCACAGUCUGCACUGCGUACACGUCCUCGUCAUGCUCAUACAGAUCACUCGCAUCGAGUACAAGGCUGUGCUCUGCAUAUGAAAACGAAGUCUCGUCUCGUCUACCGCCAUCGUUCAAGCCAUUUAGAUCGUCUCCACCGGAGACAUUCGGCCUCAUUCUCGCCAGACAAUUGCUAGCCACGCGUCGUAAUAUCUAUGCCAGGCCGACGCGGUUAACUGUUACGCAUGCCAGUGAUAAUAUGUCGGCUGGGAGCCGCUCUCAGGAUAUCCGUCUGGUACCAGACAGUUAUCACAAUUGGUGUUGGAUACUUCACUUGCGUCAGGAUCUUGCGCGUUACCAAUGUUCAGCAUACCAUUGAACACAAUACAGCAACCGUGAUAUCGACUAUGUUGAAACAAGCUCAUUAUUUCUGCUGGGGAGGAAACUGGGAGGGGCGGAGAAGGAAGAUAAGAAACAGGAUUCAUCAUUGUGCUACGAUUCCUAGUUCACGAUGGUUAAAGAAGGUUAUCAAAAGCACGAGUCCUUCACAUACGUGUCGCUAUCCUCCUUCCGACGCGCAGGGAGCCUUACCAGCCCUGCAAUACCAUCUGCGUUCAAAUCAGGCU